AUGAAUUAUCAAUUCAAUAUUUUUUAUAUUGAAAUCAUUCUAUCAAUAAUAUUCAUUGUAUCAAUUAUAUUAAUAGGAUUAAAUUUAAAAAUUCAAACUACAAAUACUACAGAACUUGAAACUGAAAAACUAAACACAAUUGAAUUAAAAAAUUUAAAAUCAACUUCAGAUAUUUUAAAAAUUGAAACAAAUCCUUUAUGUGAAAUUGUUGUAUCUUUUGAAAUUGAUCAUACUAUUACUGCUUGGUCUCCCAUCACCAAGGAAAAACAUGUAUUAACAAAUCAAAUAUGGCCAGUUAAUCAUAUUUCAAUAAGUGAUGAUGGUAAUGAAAUUAUAUUAAUAAAUUUUAAUAAACAAAUUAUAUAUUGUUUUCAAAAUUUUAAAUUAAAAUGGACAAAAUCAUAUAAUGAAUUUGGAAGAACAACUAAGAUCCUUGAAUCAUUUUUUAGAAAAAAAACAGUUGCUGGUUAUUUAACAAGAAAAAUGAUGAGUGAUAAUCAUAAAUCUGGAAAUUUCCCUGCUCCUCCAUCACCAAUUUUAGGACCAUCUACUUUAGUAGCUAAAAAAAGAAUACCAGAACAAAAAGAAUCAAAUAAUGAAUAUAUAAUAAUAUUAGAAACUGGUCAAAUAUUAACUAUAUCAUGUCAAGAUGGAUCAAUCAGUGUAAUUAAAUUCCCAAACUUAUCUGCAGCUACUAAAUUAAAAACUCCAAGAGUAAAUGAUAAAAUAAUUUUCAAAAAACAACAAAAUGGAGAAUUAAUAACUGGAACUUUGGUAAAUAAUAAAUUCAUUUUCAAAGAUUUAACAUUAAAAUUCAAAAAUCAAAUUCCUCCACCUUCACAAAAAUUCUUAAACACACCAGUUUUAAUCCCAUUAGACUUUUUAGGUAUGAUUGUAUCAGUACAAGAUUUUACUGCAAGUUUAAUAGAUGUUCAAACGGGGAUAGUUUUAAAAACAUUCAAUAUAGGAUAUUAUAAAACUGGAACUUUUAAAGUAGCUCAUUCAGAACCAACUCAUUGUAAAUUUUGUGGUUGUGUUUCCAUCAAUUCAUUAUCAUUGAUAUAUAAAGAUGAAUCAGGAAUAUUAAUUAUUCAAACAUAUAAAAUAGAAAGUCAAAGAUCAAAAAAUAGUAUAUGUUUAAGAGUUGAAAGAGAUAUUAGAGAAAUUAGAUGUUUAGGUUUUAAUGCUAUAAGUGAAUCUCAAUAUUGGUAUGAAAAUUUAAAAUGUUGGCAAGUUACUGAUGUAAAUAUGAUUAUUGGAUUUGAAAAAAUAAAAGAUAAUAACAAUACAAAACAACCUUUAAAACUACCGUCAACCCCACAACAACAUGGAUUACAAUCACUUCGACAAAGAAAUUCACCAAAACCAAAACCAAAUCAAGAAAAAUAUGAAGGAUUUAUAAUAUCAUUAACAGAUGGUAAAAAAGAUAAUUAUCCUUUAACAAAUUUAUCAUCAUCAUCAUCAUCAUUAAAAAUUAUUUCAACUUCAAAAUAUGGUUAUAAAUCAAUUUUGGUUAAUUUUGGUGAAUUUUUUAAAAUUUAUUAUCAAGGUCAUAAUAAAUUAAUUGAAAAUAAUUUAUAUUAUAAUAAUGAUGCUGGUAAUAGUUUAUUGUUUAUAAAUAAACGUAGAAAUAGAACAUGA